UCACCGUUCAAAUGUACCCUCCCUGCUCUUUCUCUCAUCAUCACCAUCAUCAUCAUUAUCAUCAAAAGCCAACAAAAAGCAGAAAAACGAACGCUGCAAUCCAACAAAAACGAAUUCUCUCUCUCGCUCUCUAAAAGAACGAAAAAAGAGAGAAAAGAGAUCAAAGAAUUUUACAUUCCUUUUUUUCAAUUACGAGGAGAAAGUGUAGAACACUCGGUGGAAUUGCAGUUAUGGAGCUAGUUGACGUUGGAGUACAAACGAGAGCCAUGUCCGCAACUGGAACGGUUCAUAAGAAACGCAGAAGAUUAAACAACGACGAACAAGCUGAUUAUAGUAAAGUAACUUCUUCAACGAACUCAAUUACGUCGUAUAUCCAGUUGAGAAGUCGGAGAAUUUUGGUAGAUCACCAUCGUCGUGAAGGAAAUCCGUGUUUGAGCGUUAACACGGAUGAUGAUGAUGAAGUGUCAUGCUCCUCAUGCAAUAUCGGAUCGAGCAAUAAAAGGAUCAAUGUCGAGUUGCCAGAUCUGGAGGACGAGAGUAUUGAAGUUGAAGCAUCCACGCAUUUCAGCAGCAGCAGCGAGAGUAUGAGAGAAACAACGGCGUUGAGUGAUCUCCGAGCUGAACCAGAAGACCUGGAUUCAACGUCGAGGUCAUCGGAGACGAACUCUCGCCGUAGAUCAACGGUAGAGAAAAUGCCAACCGAAGCUGAACUCGAAGAAUUCUUUGCUCCUGCCGAGAAAAAACUUCAAAAACAAUUUGCGGAAAAGUAUAACUACGAUAUUGUGAAAGAUGAACCGUUGGGAGGGCGUUACGAGUGGAUUCGACUAAACCCAUAUGAACAAGAAGUCAAGCAAACGAUAAUUUAUUUAGGCCACGCGAUUUAUCUUAGGUACUGCCACUAAUUUAAAAUUUUAGUUUCUUGUUUGCAUUUCUAGGGUUUUCUUCUAUGUAUAGAAUGACGAAGAAGAAAACGAAGCUUCUUUCGAAGAG